AUGAUGAUGCUGGAGAGUACAGCAACCCCAUUAGCCGAACAAGAAAAGAGACGAGCAUUAGAACGCAAAGUGGAACAAGAUGUCGAGAAUUUGCAGCUAUUACAGUCGAUUUUAUUCAAAUCUAAUACAUUGACCGAACGAGUCGUUGGAAUGCUAGACUCUUUUGAUGAACGAUUACUCAAAUUGGAGGGCUCGAUACUGCCCAUACAUCGAUCUACUCAGAAACUGACCCGGGUCUAUGACAAUCUGGACAAGACAUCAGGAGUCAUCAACAAGAUCAUACAGUACAUGGAUCUGGCUCCACAGGAGGACUUGAUAAUUUCAAAACCACCAACUCAAAGCUCAUUGGAAGACUAUCUUGCUUCUAUUGAGAGAAUGAAGGAAGCUUUAUCGUACUUGGAAAAGGCUACUUACAAGGCCACCGACAGAGCUGUCGUUCAACUGAAAGAGGUCGUACGAAAAGCUAUGCGACAGCUUGAUGGGCUCUUCAAGAGAACGCUAGCACUAUGCUCUGUGCCUAUAGAUCCAAUACUUUACGCUGAUGGAGAUAUACCAGGAAUACCUGAAGCAGACUUGGAAACACUCUCUACUCUAUCAACAUACCUCAACGCUGCCGAGAGUGAAUUGGGACCCGUCACAGAUCACAUCAAGAUCUACAUGGACAUCCGAUCAGCAUAUCUGAUCAAAUCGUUACAUGGGCUGAAUGAAGCUGCACAUGCCCAAGAUUUCAAGAAAAUGGAUGUAUACAAGAAGGGCAGUUUUGCAUUCUUGAUGUAUACCAAUUGCCUAUUCAAGAUGCUCAAGACUGAACGUGAAGCUAUAAUUCGAUUGAUACCACGAUCUAUGGCCACAUCUGUCAUAUCAGGUGUCGUCAAUGCAGCAGUAGAUGCAUUUAUAGAAACAGGAGAUGCCAUUGUCGGUCGUGGCAAACGAAAUAUCAUGAAACAAGACUCGAGAGAUGUGUAUCUCUUGUUGGAUGUAGUUGAGAACCUGGGAGCAGCUAUAUUGGAGUAUGAAGGAGUCGUCAAGUAUGCUGGUGCAAAAGGAAACGAUGUGGUCGAACUGGUCACGAGUUGCAAGGGAGCUUGUCAGUUCUUUUUCAAAGAGUUUAUUGAUGAGUUUAAGAAUGACAAGGUCAAGGAGCAAUCUCUGUCUCCUGAUGGAACUGUUCAUGAGUUGACUAGUGAUACUCUCACUACUCUACGUCGUCUGCUUGACUAUUCUCAAACUGUGGAAUCUCUCCUGAAUCCACAUGGUGACUCAGCCAAUGGUCAACCAGAGGCCAUGUAUAAAUUCUUCACUGAGGUAUUGGAUGCCCUAUCAUCAAACCUCGAAACAAAAUCCAAAGCAUACAAGAAACCCAUGCUAUCGGUUGUCUUCCUCCUUAACAACUACCACUACAUCUGCAAAAUCCUACGAUUGACACCAUUGGGUGAUUUACUGGGUCGUGAUGUAGAAGUCAAGUUUGAGAAGCUCUUGGCCAAGCAAAAGGAAUUGUAUCUAACUGGCUGGAAGCCUGCUUUGGAAUGUCUUAUGGAUACGACAUUCAUCACUGGUGGCAAGAUUGAAAAGACAUUGAGUAAACAGCAGCGAGAUGUCAUCAAGGACAAGUUUAAGACAUUCAAUGAAACAUUCGAAGACUUGUACAAGGCGCAGAAGUCUUAUGCUAUACCUGACACUGAUCUGCGGGCACAGAUCGUCAAGGAGGUUCGACAGAUAGUUGUGCCUCUGUAUAAUCGUUUUUAUGACAAGUAUUCGAACGUGGAAUUUAGUAAAAAUCCAACAAAAUACAUCAAGUUUGAUCGUCAAGCGCUUGAUGAAGCUCUUGACAAAUUCUUUGAUGCUACUGCGUGA